AGCCUGAAACCACUUCAACUAACUCAAUAGUAUUAAAAUCAAAAUCUUGUAUUCAUAAGAAAAAAUCAUUAGUCGGUCAAAAAAGAAAUGGCUGAUAAGGCUCCAACAGGCCGUUCAUCUAUAUUUUGCUUAAAAUGGCCAUGGGAUUCAAACCAAAACCCUAACACCAAUUCAUCUCCAUGUUCAUCAGGAGGACCUCCUUGGCUAUUCAAAUCCUUCCAAACCAUCACUUCACUCGCUUCAUCCCUCGUCUUAAACCCCCAACCCAAAAUCAACCUUUUGAGUUCACAAGACCAAGGGGAGUUAGAACAAAGGGCGUUGGCUUGUGCUCUAUCCAAUGGAAAAGACGCCACAGUCAUCGAAUUCUAUUCACCCAAAUGUAGUCUUUGUAAUUCCAUGGUGGAGUUUGUUAAUCAUUUUGAGAAUAAGAAUUCUGAUUGGCUUAAUGUUGUUAUGGCUGAUGCCGAAAAUGAUAAAUGGUUGCCCGAGCUUCUACAUUAUGAUAUAAAGUAUGUUCCGUGUUUUGUAUUGUUGGACAAGGAUGGAAAUGCUCUUGCUAAGACCGGCGUUCCAAGUAGCCGGCUUCAUGUUGUUGCAGGCGUUUCUCAUCUUCUUAAGAUGAAGCGUUCACCUCAAAGAUAAACCGUUUACAAUGCUUGUUGAGUUUUUCUGUUUUGUAGAUUUUUUUAGUGUUACUCGAAUGUGUGAAAUUGAAUUACAAGACAUAUUGUUGACGAUAAUCUCUUUUUUCAUACUUCAAAUUACUUGAUCAUUGGGUUCAA